AUGUACGAUUUGUUUUGAAGGAAUUUAAAAAUAUGUCAUUAUAAUUAUCGUUUUUGCACAAAACACAAUGGUUUUGAGUAGUUUACAGAAUUGGCUUUCUAAAGCGCCAAAUUAUACAAUAUUCAGAGUGAAUAAGUUAACAAACUUUGAUAUUAACCAAUUGCAAAAAUUCUUAGAGGAGCAAAGCAAGGAACUAAACAGUGCACUAAUACCUGACAUAAGUUUUAUACAACCUGACUGUGUUGUUGUUAAGCAGUGGCCUACAGAUACUGUUGUUGAGAGAAGUGGAAAUGAAGUAAUAGUUGAUACUAUAUGCGGCGCUGCAGUGUUAAGGGGUGCACAUGUCUAUGCUCCUGGAGUGCUAGGACUCCCUACUAAUGUCCAAUUGGAGGAAAAAGUUGAUAUUUAUGCUGAUUUGGAUGGUCAAUGUAAGAGAGGUCUGAAAGUGGAAUAUAAUGGGAACAAACUUUAUGUUGGAACUGGAUAUUUAAAAAUGUUACGUCAUGAUCUUUUUGAUAAUGGAAUACUAGCAAAUGGAAUUGCAAUUCAUACAUUGCUUCCUACAUCACGAUUGCCAGUAAUUAAUGAAACAGUCUGCCCUAAGGGGCAAUUAUUACUACAAAAUUUUCCAUCAAUUGUGACAGGAUGGGUUGUUGAUGCAAAGGCUUAUGAGCAUAUUUUAGAUAUGUGUGCUGCCCCAGGAAACAAAACCACUCAUCUGGCUGAAAUGUCUGAUAACAAAGCACAUAUCAUAGCCAUAGACAAAAGUGAACAAAAAGUAGCCAAGAUAAAGCAAACCUGUGAAACACAGGGUGUUUCUUGUGUUGAUGCAUAUGUUUAUGAUUCAAGGAAAUGCCAUUCAGAUAGAAAUGCUGAUCUAAAAUGCCCUCCAUUUUCUUCGAAAACAUUUGAUAAAGUUCUUUUAGAUGCACCUUGCAGUGGCUUAGGGCAAAGGCCACAACUAAGUGAAUGUAAAAUGUCUCCGAAAAUGUUGCAAUCAUACAAAUUUGUUCAAAGAAAGUUGUUUGAUGCAGCUGUACAAGUGUUAAAAGUGGGUGGCAAAUUAGUUUACAGCACUUGCACUGUGACUAUAGAUGAAAAUGAAGGCAUGGUUGCUUGGGUGUUGAAAAAUUUUCAAUGUUUGCAACUUAUACCAGCAGAUCCAUUUUACGGUGGGCCAGGCUUACCAGAUGUUGGUCUAUCGGAUGAGCACAGGGCUAUGGUACAAAGGUUUGGGCCGUUGGAUGAUCCAUUACGGAAAGUGGAAGACUUGUCUAAGAACACUUUAGGUUUCUUUAUAGCUGCAUUUAUAAAAAUACGCGAUUAUGAAACCAAUACCCAAAAUAAUAAAGCAUAAUAUAAAAUAUACAUUGUUAAAUGCGCAUAAAUAAA